UCGAUCGCUUAACCAUGAACGUACUACUUGUUGCUGUUUUGCUAGCAGUUUGUGUCCUUCGCAGUGCAAAGGCAGUGGUAACCGUCACCUUCGAUGGAGAGCUCAAGACUUGCGAAAGUGGAAAGCAGCGUGUUGGCUGGGAUUUGUCCAGUUUGGACAUCCUGAUGAUGGACAAUGAAAAUAUCACACUAGAUGGAAAAUUUGCCUUCACUGCUGACUACUACAGUCCACUGUUUGCUAAAGUGACGCUUAAAAGGUUGGUGGACAAGAUCAGCAAAACCUGGGCAGUGAUGGCCGUCAGAGUCAUCCCAAACUUUUGCGAUGUGGUCAACUUUCCGAACGAAAUGUGGUCCGGUGUUAUGAGUCAAAUGGAACAUCGGAGCUGCCCUUUCUUGGCUGGGCACUCGGAAACGUUUGAUAAGGCCAACAUUGGAAAUUUGGCUAAAAGUUUGAAGAUUUCUCCACAAUUGCUAGGACCGUGGAAAAUUUUCAUUGAGAUCGGCACAAAAAGGGGCGGAGUCAGCGUUACUGAGUGUACGAUGGCAGAUUUGAUGCUGGAAGAUGUUUAAAAAAAAUCAUCUAGUUGAAAA